AUGACGCAGCGACAUGACGACGAGGAUAAGCGGCAUAUCAGGCUGACGGCUCCAUUUCCCACAUUUGAGCUACAAGAGAAGGACGAAAGUAUGGCGUCCAAUAUUCUCAAGGAAUUGCUUACUCGGAACAGCAAGUUCACCCAGAACUUCAAGGCCCCGCCAGAUCUUAUGACUAUGGCCGCGGCUGUUCGAAACAGUGGCUCUGGCGUUAUCAUCCUCAGCUGUUCUGACCCGCGUUUGAAUCCAUAUCAAAUAUUUGGUGUCGACCCAAGCAUUAAGGGCGUCACGAUGGUCCGAAAUGCCGGUGGCCGCGCACUUGACGCCAUCAGGACAAUCUCUGUCCUACAAACUAUCGGAAAUCCCAAGAUAGUCCUUGUUGUCCAUCACACGGAUUGCGGGAUGACACACUAUCACGACGCGGAUAUAAAGGAUGCCCUACUACAGAUUGCUCCCAAAGAGAAAGAUACUAUUAACUCCAUGAAAUACGGUGAGAUAGUUGGGACGAUCGAAGAGAGUUUGCGGGAGGACGUGGCUUUGCUCAGGACCUCGCCACUUGUGAAGCCGGGAACAUGGAUUGUGGGUUUAAAAUAUGAUACUGGGACUGGCGUGGUCACGCAGAUUGAGGAAGUUCACGCAGGACAAUGA